AUGUCCCGGGGGAGGCGCGGCAGCCGCGUGGGCGCCCUGGAGGGCGGCGGGGAGGCAGGGGCGCCCCCGGCGGCGGCGGCCGCCGUGGCCUCGGUGCCCUGGGCGGCCCCGCAGCGGCCGGAGGCGGCGGCCGAGCGGGUGCUGCUCCGGGGCAUCUUCGAGAUCGGGAGGAGCAGCUGCGACAUGGUGCUGAGCGAGCGGGCGCUGAGGUGGCGGCCCGUUCGGCCCGAGCGCCCCUCGGGUGAUUCCAAGUAUGACUUGCUAUGUAAGGAGGAGCAUAUUGAACUCAAGGACAUAUUCUCUGUCAAACUGAAACGGCGUUAUUUUGCUAGUGGAAAUGGCACUUUAUUGGGUAUCACACUGUUCAUCUGUUUGAAAAAGGAACAAAAUAAAUUAAAGGAUUCUACACUCGAUCUUAUUAAUUUAAGCGAAGACCACUGCAACAUAUGGUUUCAACAGUUCAAGAAAAUUUUGGCAGGUUUUUCAAACAGACCAAAGUCAUUAAAAAUAUUCCUUAACCCCCAAAGCCACAGAAAGGAAGCUAAACAGAUAUAUUAUGAGAAGGUUGAGCCACUGUUGAAGAUUGCAGGAAUUGAGACUGAUGUAACAAUAACAGAAUAUGAAGGGCAUGCUCUGUCACUGCUAAAGGAAUGCGAACUACAGGGAUUUGAUGGACAUCGGGAACUGUUGUGUGCAGUGCACUGUGGGAGUGUGUACAAAGUGUGCAAUGAAAUGCAAACAUUAGAAACAGGUGUCGUCUGUGUUGGUGGAGAUGGUUCUGCCAGCGAAGUAGCCCACGCGCUGCUCCUCAGAGCCCAGCAGAGUGCCGGCCUGGAAACGGACCGCAUCCUGAGCCCUGCCCGAGCCCAGCUGCCGCUCGGGGUGAUACCGGCAGGCUCUACCAACGUGCUGGCACAUUCUCUCCAUGGAAUCUCUCACGUGGUAACCGCAACUUUGCACAUUAUAAUGGGGCACAUACAACCCGUCGAUGUCUGCACCUUCAGCACCACUGGCAAGCUUCUUCGCUUUGGGUUCUCGGCCAUGUUUGGCUUUGGUGGAAGGACUUUGGCUCUGGCAGAAAAACAUCGAUGGAUGUCCCCUACCCAACGGAGGGAUUUUGCUGUAAUUAAGGCACUGGCAAAACUUAAGCCAGAGGACUGUGAAAUAUCAUUUUUGCCAUUUAACAGCUCUCCAGAUUUACAAGAAAAAAGGGCACAGGGAUCUCCCAAACCUGACUGUAAUGCUCGGUGGCAAAUGAUCCAGGGUCAGUUCUUGAAUGUCAGCAUUAUGGCAAUUCCUUGCCUGUGUUCAGUGGCACCUAGAGGCUUGGCACCUGAUACCAGAUUAAAUAAUGGAAGUAUGGCUCUUAUAAUUGCACGGAACACCUCUCGACAGGAAUUUAUAAAACACCUGAAAAGAUAUGCCAGUGUUAAAAAUCAGUUCAAUUUUCCAUUCGUUGAGACUUACACUGUUGAAGAAGUAAAAGUUUAUCCAAGGAAUAAAACCAGUGCAUACAGUCUAGAGGAGGAGGAUCAACCACAUGAAACUGCCUCAGAAAACAGUUUCCCCUGGAAUGUAGAUGGUGACUUAAUGGAAGUUACAUCAGAGGUCCACGUUAAAUUACACCCAAGACUUAUCAAUCUUUAUGGUGAAAGCAUGGAAGAAAUGAAUGAUUCCAAAGUAA